AUGAAGGCGAAUGUGGGAUAUUAUCAGAAACUCGUGCAACAAACGUCCGGCCGAAGUAACUCCAUUGUCUCCGAAAUUGAACGUGACCUUCAUCGUUCCCUCCCCGAGCAUCCGGCCUACCACACUGAGGAGGGCUUGGGCGCCCUGCGUCGCGUCCUCACAGCCUAUGCUUACAGAAAUCCCAAUGUUGGAAUAUCAUGUUGCUACAAUUGCUGCAAUAGUGAUAACGACGACAAGGAAAAGGAUCCUGAUCCUGCUGACGAUGGUCGGUUUGAAAAUAGAAGCGGUAGUUAG